AUGGCGUCUCUCUUCCGUGACCGAAGCAUCGGCCACUCCAGGAGAGGCUCAUUCUCUUCAUCAUCCUCUACAACGGCUGUCGCCGCCGCCGCCGCAUCUCCUUCUUGCGCCACCUCCCGCUUCAACCCCGCCGCCUCCCUGACACCGCUGCCGUCCCCGUUCGGCGACCUCACCACGACACUCUCCGAUUCCGAUCUCCGAGCUUCGGCAUAUGAGAUCUUCCUCUCCGCCAACCGCUCGUCCUCGUCCAAGCCCCUAAACUACAUUUCCAGUAACAAUCACACUAGUUCACCUAACAACAUUACUGGUGCCAACGGAAGUCCUGCUGCCGCCCCUAUGCAGAGGUCGUUGACCUCAACGGCGGCAUCGAAAAUGAAGAAGGCCCUAGGGAUGAGAUCCGCCAGUUCGAAACGGAGUUCAGAUUCGAAUAAUUCGGGCGCCGCCGGGAAAAUGAAGAGGCCAGCGACUGUGGGGGAGCUCAUGAGAAUGCAGAUGAGGGUUUCCGAGGCCGUGGAUUCCAGGAUUCGCAGAGGUUUGCUGAGGAUUUCUGCUGGCCAGGUUGGGAGACGAACAGAAUCAACUGUCCUCCCCCUAGAGCUCCUUCAGCAAUUCAAGGCUUCUGACUUCACGGACCAGGACGAAUAUGAGUCCUGGCAGAGGAGAAACCUUAGGAUGCUGGAGGCUGGCCUUCUCCUCCACCCUGCUGCCCCACUUGACCGGUCGAACUCUGCCGCCCAACGCCUCCGGCAGAUCAUCCAGGCAGCCCUCGACCGUCCGAUUGAGACUGGGAAGAACAAUGAACCCAUGCAGGUCCUCCGCACCACCGUUAUGUCCCUCGCCAGCCGCACCCCUGAAGGUGCCCCACUUGAGUCCUCUCACUGGGCGGAUGGCUUCCCCCUCAAUCUCCGCCUCUAUGAGAAGCUUCUAGAAGCUUCCUUCGACCUCAGCGAUGAGAUGUCCAUUGUAGAGGAAGUCGAUGAGCUCAUGGAGCUUGUGAAAAAGACGUGGCCCAUUUUGGGUUUAAAUCAAAUGCUUCACAAUUUGUGCUUUGCAUGGAUCCUCUUCAACCGGUAUGUGGCCACGGGGCAGGUUGAGACCGACUUGCUGUUGGCCGCGGACAGCCAGCUGUCAGAGGUGGCCAAGGAUGCAAAACUAACGAGGGACCCAGUUUACUCCAAGGUCCUGAGCUCCACCUUGACUGCCAUGCUGGGGUGGGCCGAGAAGAGGCUGCUGGCGUAUCACGAGACAUUCAGCGGAGGUAAUGUGGACACCAUGCAGAGUGUGGUGUCAGUUGGGGUGUCGGCGGCCAGGAUUUUGGUGGAGGAUAUAUCGAAUGAGUACCGUAGGAGAAAGAAAAAUGAAGCUGAUGUAGCACUUAGCCGUAUUGAUACUUAUAUCAGGUCGUCACUUCGGACUGCUUUCGCGCAGUUAAUGGAAAAGGCUGAUUCAAGUAGACGGGCAUCCAGAAACCAGCCGAAUCCCCUCCCUGUCCUCGCCAUCCUUGCCAAGGACGUGGGCCAGCUGGCAAUCAAGGAAAAAGAUAUAUUUAGCCCUAUCCUUAAGCAAUGGCACCCUCUCGCUGCCGGUGUGGCUGUUGCCACUCUACAUGCAUGCUAUGGGAAUGAGCUGAAGCAGUUUAUUUCGGGCAUCACUGAGUUGACUCCGGAUGCUGUGCAAAUACUAAGAGCUGCUGAUAAGUUGGAAAAAGAUCUCGUCCAAAUUGCAGUUGAGGAGUCGGUAGACAGUGAUGAUGGAGGUAAGGGCAUUAUUCGCGAGAUGCCACCUUAUGAGGCUGAGGGCGCAAUGGCCAACCUGAUAAAAGUCUGGAUAAAGAUGAGGAUAGAUGUGAUGAAGGAAUGGGUCGAUCGAAAUAUCCAACAAGAGGUCUGGAAUCCCCGAGCAAAUCAGGAGUCGUGUGCUCCUUCAGCCAUAGAAGUUUUACGAAUAGUUGAUGAGACCCUUGAUGCAUUCUUUCAACUCCCAAUACCAAUGCACCCUGCACUCCUUCCCGACUUAGUGGCUGGCCUCGACAAGUGUCUCCAGUACUAUGCUACCAAAGCAAAAUCCAGCUGUGGAUCACGAAGCACGUAUACCCCAACCAUGCCAGCGCUAACACGAUGCACGAUCGGCACCAAAUUCCAGUGGAAAAAGAAGGACAAGUCCGUGGUCUCUCAGAGACGCAACCCUCAGGUUGCCACGGUCAAUGGGGAAGGGGCCCACGCUAUUUCGCAGCUGUGCGUGCGCAUAAACUCGCUGCACAAGAUACGAACAGAGUUGGAAAACCUGGAGAAAAGAAUAAUAACUCUCUUGAGAAAUUCAGAGUCUGCCCACGUCGAGGACCUCUCGAAUGACGUCGGCAAAAAAUUCGAGAUCACGCCCUCGGCCUGUGUUGAGGCUGUCCAGCAGUUGUCUGAGGGACUCGCAUACAAGAUCGUCUUUCACGACUCUGCCCACGCCCUGUGCGACUCAGUGUAUGUGGGUGAACCCUCGAACUCCAGAAUCGAACCCUUUUUGCAGGAGCUCGAGCGCAACCUAACCAUUGUGGCUGACACCGUGAAUGAGCGUGUUCGCACUCGCGUUGUGGCUGAUGUCAUGCGGGCCUCGUUUGAUGGGUUCUUAGUGGUUCUUCUUGCAGGCGGGCCCACACGGGCUUUUUCGAAGCAGGACUCGAGUAUAAUUGAGGACGACUACAAGUUGCUGAAGGAGCUGUUUUGGGCCAAUGGGGAUGGUCUACCGAAUGACAUAAUCGAGAAAUUCUCUGCCACGGCUAGGGAUGUUAUCCCACUUUUCCGUGCCGACACCGAGAAUUUGAUCGAGAGGUUCAGGCGUUUGGUACUGGAGACGUACGGGUCGUCGGCAAAGGCCCGCCUGCCUUUGCCGCCGACCUCUGGGCAGUGGAGCUCAACCGACGCAAAUACAAUUCUGAGGGUUUUGUGUUACCGGAAUGAUGAGACUGCUUCAAAGUUUCUCAAGAAGACAUAUAACUUGCCCAAGAAACUCUAG